UGCGACACAGACACGAAUCACAUCAGUUCCGGUGCACUAGAAUGACGGCGCGCUGCAGCGCAUUAGGGAAAUGGGUAGUUGUAGGGGUGGUGAGAUGAUUUUUGCGGGAGAUGAGUUAAGAUGAGAUGGAAGAUAGACUAGAAUGAGGAAAUGGGCGCAUUUGAUGGUGGUGGUGAUGUUGCAUCGGGCGACAGGACGAACAGGAGGAAGAGGAAGGCGAGGGUUGGAUAGGAUAAGAUAGGAUAGGACAGAACAGAACAUACCGCUCCGGGCGGACUCGCAUUCCUCGAGCUGGAUAGCGGCGGCAUGAUGGACGAACGAAACAGAACAGGUAGACUAUCGGGGAGGGGAGGGAACCGUUGGUUUCGUUGCAGUAUUAACGUCCGAGGGACGGUAUAAGUGGAGAAAAGUACGCGGAGUAGAUCUAGGGCUAUCUGGACAGAGCGGGUGCAAGCGACAUAGUGGAGCAGAGCGGAAUGGGGGAAGGAUGGGGGAGAAGUGUGGUGGAUUAUGAUAUGAGUAGUGGUGAUGGUGAUGGUGACGGUGGUGGAGAUGGUGGUGGUCUUGGUGAUGAUGAAGAUGGAGGAAGGAUACGAGUAGGUAAGGUGGGAGGGGGGAGGUCUUCUGUCUGUAUUACUCGUAGUACGAGGUACUACACUGAGGGCGCGGAAUGUCGGGGUAAAGAGAAGGGAAGGGAAAGGAAAGCAAAGGAAAGGAACUCGUAGAGUCAGAGGAACAAGAAGUCAAGUCACAGAAGGACGAUGAAG